AUCUGCUGUCAAACAAACCAAAACAACGCGCACUGUUUCGUUCUUUCCUGAAAAAAAUUGUGAAAAAUUGUGAAAUUACUCGUAGAUUUUGUUGGGUUUAGAACUUUAAUUGUGCUAUUUGUUACGAAAAAAGUGCCGCGACGAGUGCCGGUGAAAUUUCCCCCGUUCCGAAAGCGAUGGGGGUUCGAAAGUGUAUCAUCAAGGAGUGCCCCUCGAGUUCGGCUCGUAAGGAAGAUCGCGGCGUAACUUUUCACCGUAUUCCGGUGAAGGAGGAUGUGAAGGCUAUGUGGAUAGAAGCUUGCCGGCUUCCGGAGACGUUUAAAAUCAACAAGGGUUCUAACGUGUGCAGCCGUCACUUCCGGAAGGCAGACUUUCAGGAUUUCAAGGGAAAGAAGUACGUGUUGAAACUCGGUGCAAUUCCGACGAUUUUCUCCUGGUCGAUUGUGGCCACUCCGAAAAAGGAAGUUAAGGAAGAGGUAGCGGAAGCGGAAAAACAGGACGAGAUCAAGGAGGAAGAGAAAACUGGGGAAGUUGUAAAGGAGGAGGAGGGUAAAACCGAUGAAAUGGAGAAGAAGGAGGAUGAAGCUCCGGAAAAUCCGGAAGUCAAGAAUGAUCCGGAAGAAAAGAAAGACGAUGAAAAGCAGGAAGAUGAUGAUGUAAAGGAAGAGAAGGAGGAAGAGGUUGAGAUCAAGCACGAAGUGGCCGACGAUGAUAUUGUUCUGAAAGAGGAUGCGCUGAUAUCGCCAUUGCCAGCUCCGAAAAAGAAAACACCGGCGAAGAAAAAGACCACACCCAAGCGUGCAUCUUCCGCCAGGGCCUCGGCGUCUUCGGCGAAGAAGGCUCGUCGAAGUGAUCCCAUUCCGGCAGCGAAGGAAGGUAAGAAGGCCCCACCUUCACCUCGCAAAUCCAUGCCUGUCUCGGCCAGCAGUAGCCAUCAGCAGAUCAAUUUCGCUCCGGGCACCAAAAUUGAAGCUCAGGAUUUUGCCGGAAAGUGGCAUCCGGCAAAGCUGCUGGAAGUAGACACUGAGGAGCGCGAGGUGUUGGUCCAGUUCGAUAAGAACGGCAAAAGCAACUCGAAGCUGAACGACGAAUGGAUUCCGAUGGACAGUGUCCGCUUGAGGCCGCUGCAGCAACCGAAGACCCCCAAUGGCAAGGUCCGGUUUUCGAUUGGGGAGAAGUGCUUUGCGCGCUGGAGUGACUCCCGGAAGUUCCGGGCCACCAUCCAGGCCGUGCUGGAGAACGACAUGUACGAGGUGCUGUUUGACGAUGGCUUCGUAAAAGUGUGCAAAGUCAAUCACAUCAGCAAGGUGAAGCGACAUGAAGUGGCAAGUGAGGCGGAGGAAGCUCUGGCAACGCCAAUUAAACAGGAAGAGGACGUACCCGCAGCAGAACCAUUGCCAGCCCCUGUGACCCCAGUAGCAGCGCUUCACAUUCCCCAAGUGGCAAAGCUCAGUGACUAUCCGGAGAUUCCGAAGUCCGGCGAAUGGUGUUGCCACUGGAUGAACGAUUUUCCCAUCGGUGAGGAAGCCGUCGUCGAAGUGGCAGGAGUAAAAGUCUACAGUGUCAUCGUGUCGGAUUGGCGUCUACCGGAAGGCUGGGUCAAACAUGUCUAUCAAAGAAUCACCACCUUUGGGAAGAUGGACGUCCUGUUGGUCAAUUCGGAAGGGAAGGUUUUCCGGUCACGCCAAGAGGUGAAAACUUUCCUCGCUACAAAGGGCGAAGCAUACGAUCCGGAUGUGUUCGACUUUGGAUUGCACAAGAAACGCGCAAAAGAGCUGGGAUUCUGUCAUUAUACUCAGGAGUACAAAGAUUCGCUGUUGCCUCCUCCGGUGCCAGUCGAACCGGUUCUCCUGAACACGGAAAUCAACAUCGGUUCGGUUAAGGUCAAGAUCAUCGACAAUCUUCUGCAGUGUCCAGAGGAGGACUGCCUGAAGACCUUCCGGAAGGAGAAUCAUCUGCAAAUUCACAUCAAACAUUAUCACAAGGAGCUGGCCAAGGGGCUGGGGGAGAUUCCCAAUAUGCAGGAUUUGGCCUCGCUUCGAACGCCGGUGGAAAUUAUCGACACUCCGCCGAAGAUAAGUCGCCGCAAAUCGAUAACCGCGUCGGCAUCCAGGACCUCGCUGAAGGAAGAGUCCCAGCGGGAGGAUGUGGCCAUUAAAAAAGAACCGGGCUUGGAAGAAGACGUCAAGGUUGAGGGCAGCGAAGAAACAUCGGAACCAGUUCUCAAAAAGGAAAAGCUCGACUUGGGUGAUAAACCUGCUGAUACGUCGGCUCCAUUUGACAUCAAACCGGAUGCAUCCAGUACUUCAGUUCCAGCGGAUGGCACUGCGUUGGGUUCGUUCGACGCGGAAGAGGCCCUCGAAUCGCUUGCCGUUGCCAAAACGACCACCAAGGGUCCUACCAAGAUCAAAAUGUUCUCCAGCAAGAAGAAGAAGUACACCAAAAAGUCCAAAGCCGUCGGGUCGAUCAGCAAAGCGUCCGCGGCCUCCAAAAAGAAGAAGAAGCGGAAGCUCAAUCUGUCGCGGGCCGCCAUGGAUUAUAUGGAGGCGGACGAUACUCGGCACUCGUUUGCUACGGCCGGCAACGAUAGCUUCGACCGGCACGGAUAUAGCUUUGAUAAAGAUCUCGAUAAUAGUCAGAUGACGAAUGCCAGCAUCUGCGGUCAGUACGGAGAUGAUUCCAUUAAUGCGGCCGUCAACAGCCCGAGGUUCAUCAACGAGAAUGGGGAGGUCAUCAAGAUCGUUUCAAUGAAGAAGGAAGAGAUCAUCAACUGUAUGUGCGGAUACGGCGAGGAAGACGGAUUGAUGGUCCAGUGCGAACUGUGUCUGUGCUGGCAACACGGAAUCUGCAACGGGUUCGAGAGGGACACUCAAGUUCCGGACAAAUACGUGUGCUACAUCUGCCGGAAUCCGCAAGGGGGUCGAGAAUCUCGGAAGUACAUCCAUGACCAGGACUGGCUGUACGAAGGUAAAUUGCCAGUGGCCAGCUAUCAUGCUCCGAACUCGAAACAUGCCACCAGGUUCGAUAUUCUGAAGCAAAGUCACACCUUGGGUGGGAAUUUGCUCGAGCUGAAACGAUUCAUGCACAGCCUGAAGGUGAAGAUCAACAUCGCCGAGAAAAAGGACCACCCCAAAAUGUACCUGUGGUCAAAGAAGUGGGAGAGCAGCCCUCCGCGCGGUGGAAAUGGAGAUUUGUCUGGGAUUGUUCCGCUGAAUAGCACACCCCAGACGGCAGUCAAAACCGAACAGAAACCAGUUCCACAGAUUCCCGUCCCGGAGGCACCGAUUGAUCCGGCCGAAUGUCAAGCCAUUCUACUGGAGCACAUCCAGAAGCAACAGAAUGCCGCUAUGGCCCGACUGCAGGCCAUCGAGGCGCAGAUUAUUGCUCUCGAGGCGUACGACGACAAAGCGGAACUGCUAGAGUCGCCCACGGCCAAGAACUACCCGAAGACAAAGCAGACGAUCCACAUGCUGCUGAACGAUUUGGACAAGAUGAAGAAGAUCUCCGCCAUCCAUCGCAGUGCGCAACAGCCGCCAACUUAUUGAAUCGAAAGGUGUAUGCUGCUACCUACUAACGUGUUGAAUUGUGUAAUCUUGGUAAAGUAAGAUUGUAACUUUUACCUGAACGUGUGCAUUGGAUGAUUAUUCAUCCACAUAAUCAUUAUCACAUCAAAACUAUCGUAUUACACUCUAA